CCCGAACUAAGUAGACCCGCCGGAAGACUCAAAUUAAGACUCAACCUUUCGGAACACCCGCAGCAAAAUUAACUGAAACGAAAAUUCAAAACCCAUCGGACUUAAGGCUGCCAGCGAGGCACGGAGAUCUGGAGGCCCUACCUAUAGGACCGGGGACGCAAUGGAGCUCUGGCACAAGCUGCGAGUGCAGCUGAACGACUUCUUCUACGGGAACUAUCCCUACAUAGCGCUCUACAGCGGAAUGGGCGUGGCCCUGACCGCCUACCUGCACUACCAGUGGAAGAUGCACCACUACGACCUGAUGUACUGGAAGCGCCUGGCCGAGGCCUUAUCGCAGGACAUCGACGUCUUCCAGCUGGCCAUCCUGCUGGUGAUAUUCGCGAUCAAUGCCAUUUUAGUGUCGAUCAUCAUGAGCGUCUACCUGCGCCCGGCCGCCGAGAGCAACGGCGAGAUGUCGCUGCUGGAGAUCAAGGAUCGCUAUGCCCGCUUCAUCCUGAUCCGGCUGAUAGCCCGACUCGAUCGCAUCCAGUCGAAGUUGUCCGCGAAAAGGAAGAGUCUCACGUUCCAGCACUAUGCCAGGGCCCACACGAACAUGGUGAAGGCGGUGGCCCUGUUCCGCAAGGAUGCCCGCAAGCUGAUCCUGCCCAACGAGUCGGAGAUCCUGCUGCCCAUCGAGGAGAUCUAUGGGGUGGCCGAGGACGAGGAGCGACUGCUGCGGCGCUCGGGCUACUACAAGCUGAUCAUCGACACCACCGACGAGACGGUGAGGAGCCUGUUCAACGCCAAGUGAGGCGAGAUACCAUCCCAACUACCUAUGCCAAUCAUCUAGCUGAUCCGGUUCCGAUUUAAACUUUGAGUAAACUGCAGUUCCCCCA